UGACAUACGUAUCAGUAUGGCCUGUUCUUGGUGACGUCAUGUGCCGACAGGGCGGAAGUUGUGGCUGCUGACACUGGAUUGCUGAUAGCCGUUCGCAGCCUCGAAAAGAAGCAAUUUUACGACAGUAAAACCGUGGAUUUGCGCCAGUGAAACUCUGCUCUAUAGUAAUAUGGACGAAGACGUAUUAACGACACUAAAGCUGCUAAUAAUUGGUGAAAGUGGAGUCGGGAAGUCCAGUUUGCUUCUGAGGUUCACCGAAGACACUUUCGAUCCGGAGCAAUCGGCGACUAUAGGUGUGGAUUUUAAGGUGAAGACCCUCGCUAUAGACGGAAACAAAGCCAAACUUGCUAUCUGGGAUACGGCUGGCCAGGAGAGGUUCCGAACGCUGACACCCAGCUACUACCGGGGUGCACAGGGAGUCAUCCUUGUGUACGAUGUAACAAAACGCGACACGUUUACAAAGCUCGAAAAUUGGUUGAAUGAACUGGAAACUUACACGACCCGGAAUGACAUUGUUAAAAUGCUCGUCGGGAACAAGAUCGAUAAGGAUGACCGUGAAGUGGACAGAAAUGAAGGUCUGAAAUUUGCAAGGAAACAUUCAAUGCUUUUUAUUGAGGCCAGCGCUAAGACCAAAGAUGGCGUCCAGUGUGCGUUCGAGGAACUCGUAGAGAAGAUUCUCCAGACCCCAGGACUGUGGGAGAGUGAUCACCAGGGUCAGAAGGUCCGUCUCAGCGACCAGGAAACAGGCGGCGGUCGGGCCUGCGGAGGUUACUGCUCCAUUCCCUAAAACCUGCGGCGACUUGACAGGAAAGACUACCGACCAAGAGACAGAAGACAGAGGACUGGACACGCUUGUGUUCAAUAGACUUUGCUGUUUGCACAUUCAAGUUCCACCAUCUUCUCACUCCCGUAAAGAAAGCAGGAUUUCUUUAUGAAGGCUAGUUUGCUGUCGCACAAUCUCUGGCUUGAAUUGGAUAAGUCUCUUGCACAUUCAUCGGACUCACAUUUUAGUGCCUCUUACAUGAAGAAUGUGAAGGUCACAGGUCACUAAGAUUUCAUCCUGUGAUAUACUGAAUCAGUUCCUUCACUUAGCUCUUGUACACUAACCUCUCCCUAAAGUGUUACUGACGUCAUCAUCUUUCCUUUUUAAUGUAAAUCUCUUUUAAUUUUAAAAGGCAUUACCGACUUUAAAAAAACUGUAUUAAUGCUGAACAGGCUUCUAGAUUUCCUCAAGCAACACAGGAGCUUCCGAUUUUCUCUUGAGUGUUGGUGGUUGUGUUGGUCCUCAUCAUAGUCUCGUGUGCUUGUUUGUUUGUCGAGUCAGAGUCCAGUACAUUCCCAGGAGUCAGUUGUAGUUGUUCGUCCUGACACCUCUGGUCCUCAUAAUCGUGUGAAUCUGCGGGAAACUGUGCUCUCUGCCUUAACUCUAGUCCGCUACAGUGUCUUUGGUUUCAAGCUGAAAUAAAUGAUCAAGACGC